GAAUGGUUUGGACACCACUGAUGUAGCCCAUCUAUUAGUUCCCGCUGGCAGGCCAAAAAAAAAUAAACAAUUCGCCGACCACAUGCAGUACCCCGGACCACAGGUUGAACAUCAUUGUAAAGGUACGUCGGCACAUCGGUUUGGUUGCCAUCGCUCCAAAACCAUGGAAAUCAACACACUUUUGGAGGCUUUUACAGACUUUGAGAAGAAAGGGAAGAAAGGUCCCUGCCCGGCUCUGGAUCAGUUUCUUUCUCAUGUCGCGAAAACGGGAGAAACUGUGAUUUCAUGGUCACAGUUCAAAAGCUAUUUCCUUUUUAAACUUGAGAAGGUGAUGGAUGACUUCAGAGCCUCAACACCAGACCAGCGAGUUCCAGCCAAUCCUAAUGUAGAGUACAUUCCUUUUGAAGAGAUGAAAGAGAGAAUUCUCAAAAUUGUGGAUGGGUAUAAUGGAAUUCCGUUCACCAUACAGCGUCUGUGUGAGUUACUUACUGAGCCGAAAAGGAACUACACCGGAACAGAAAAGUUCCUCAGGGGAGUGGAAAAGAAUGUGAUGGUGGUCAGCUGUGUGUGUCCUACUUCAGAGAAAAAUGGGGCAACCAGUGUAAACAGAAUGAAUGGAGUCAUGUUCCCUGGCAAUACUUCUAUUUAUUCAGAAAGUAGAAAUGUGAAUGGACCAGGGACCCCCCGACCACUGAACAGACCAAAGCUUUUGCUAUCAACCUCAUUAUCUACAAACGGUCUACCUGAUAGCACAGACGACAAGGAGCAACUCACAAAACAAAUUGUCAGUGAUUCUGCUGUACUGGAAAAUGAUGCCACGCAAAGCAGUCAGAUGAAAACCAAACAUCCGGAAGAAGACACAACAGAGGCUGAGAGCCAUGAAGUCAAGCGGCUGAAGUUUGACAAUGACAUGGAUGAAGAGGAAAACGAGGGGGACGAGGAGGCAGAAAAAGAGAUGUCCUGUCCUGCACCUGCCCAAAGCUCAUCGGAGAUGCCGGAAUCAUCAACCGACAUUGUUGAGGAAGAAAAAGACAAGUCUGCUGAUAUGCUUACCACAGACGAUCAUGAGCCCUCCAGCACUCAGACAGAAGAGCCCUUUGAUAGUGAGGAAGAGACAUCGGUGACAUCAGAGAGAGAGGCUGAAACAUGCCCUACCCACAGUCAAAAGAGUGACAGCACCAUGGACCAGUCCCAGGAGCAGCUAGCUCAGUCAGGGAAGAGUCAGAGUUUAGAGGAAAAGGAGGAAGGAGAUUGCAGCGACCCAGUGAGUAGUAGUAGUAGUGGUAGCAGUAGCAGCAGCAUUAGCGGGGAGGGAGCACACAGCGAAGAGCCUAUUCGCUCUGCCUCUCCCAGCAGUACAGCAGAGUUGUCAGCAGAAGGCACUGCUGCAGAAAGCGAUACAGGAAUCACAGAGACUGCAGAUGAGCCCAUGGAACAGGACUAACCAAAGGGCCAACCAGCGUUAUUUUACACUGUAAGGUAUUGAUCCAAAAACUGUACCUCACCCAGGAGGUAUCUGUACCACCGUGAACUUGUAGUCUCCCAGGAAACGGGGGGCUUUUUGUGCAGCCUCGGAGGAUUUUAACCCUCAGGUUUCUUCUUGUAUGACACACACCUCCCAAUGGCCACACAUUAGUCUGUUUUAAAAAACUGACUUAAAGUUUUGCUCAAGCUAGCUUUUUCUGUUAAGCUGGUGGCGUAUAUAAAAAAAUGCAUUUCUCCUUUUUCACCCUGAUUGUUUCUUUCAUGGAUCACUGUCAUUAAUGUGCUGCUAUUUUGGCCGCCAAUUCCACGGCUGCUUUGAAAUGGUGAUGUAGAAGGAUCAGUCGCAUCUGUGUUUGCUGUGAUCAACAUCUGGUGAAUUGUGAAGUUGGCCAGCUCAGUUAGGCUUACUACUGGAUCUGUAUUAUGCCCUGUGUUUUCCCUGGGUGAUGUUACUAUUCACUACAUAGCCUAUGUACUAUGUAUGCCAAUUCAUAACUGUUUUAUUAUUGGCAUACAUAUUUUCUUUAGUUUAACAUGACACCAUCUGUACCAUAAAACCACGGGAAGCCCCAAUUUUGUCUGUCUUGCAAAGUGAACAGAUUACAGAAUCAUGGAUUGUGAACAGUCCUCCUUAUUUUCUGUGAUUGAACGAUACAGGUAUAGCUGUGAACCAAUACCUUUAAACAUUCCAGAAGCACUCUUUUGCAUUGUUUCCUUUUAUUCUCUAUUGUUGCCAAGUUUUGCAAUACAGUAAGAGACAUUGAUUUCUUUGUCUAUAACUGGCAAAUCUGAUGCUUUCUGUUUGACAACAUUUCUUGAUGUGUGAACCUAAUCUAAUAAUUUUUGAACUUCAGACAUUUCUUCAGAUGAAAACAUUCAAUCCCAGCACAAAUUGAACUGCUGUCACAUGGAAUAACCAGAAGCUUGCUUAAUUUUAGGUUUUUUGAGCAUUUACUGGCAGACAUUUCUGUACCUGGUUCUGCUACAAUUUUUUUAUAUUAGGAUUUUAACAUUUCUAUAAAGUAGAUUUUGUAGAUUGUAAUAUGUGUUUGCUGCCUUUGUGAAACAGAUUAUCUCUGUAAACUCAAUGCUUGGGCUUUCAACACAGUAUUCAUAUUAAGCAAUAAAUGCUAACAUGUUAAA